ACUUCCAUUUGCGAGCGGUUCUUUGCUCGGGACUACUCGACCAUCGUCGCAGCCUGUGUGCCUCGUUAACCGUCGCUAACCAACAUAAAGAACGAGCCAUCGUGGACGCAUUUUGUCGCUUAGAGUCGGAGUUUGCCUACCACUCAACUGUCUAAGGGUGAUUUGUUGGUUUAGUUUGAUUCAUAGUGGGAGACCGCGUGCCGUGUGCGAGGGCUGAAGGCAUCUUGUGUUUGCCUCUCGAUAGCGGACGCGAAAACUAGGUAGCGAGCAACCAAAGGAAGGACUGACAUUCGUACAACAAUAUACAGCACAGGAGAUUAUGGCCGACAACACCUUGUACGAAUUGUUGGGGGUUCAGCGCGGAGUGUCCGACCACGAGCUAAAGAAGGCGUAUCGCAAAUUGGCUAAGGAAUUCCACCCAGACAAAAAUCCUGAAGCAGGGGACAAAUUCAAAGAGAUCUCUUUCGCUUAUGAAGUUCUUUCGAAUCCCGAGAAAAGGCAGCUUUACGACAGAUAUGGCAUUCAAGGUCUUAAGGACGGCGGGGGGGCAGGCAUGGAUGGUAAUGAAAUUUUCCAACAUAUCUUUAAUGGAGGAAUUGGAAACUUUUUCGGUGCGCCAUUCGGCCGAUCCCGCGGCAGACCCAGGAACAGUGAAACCAUUUUGGCCCAAAAGGUCACUUUAGAAGACCUUUAUCAAGGCAAGACAUUUCAGCAAGAGGUGGAAAGGAAAAUUAUAUGUAACAAAUGCGAAGGAACUGGUGGCCGCCAGGGUGCCGUGCAGAGCUGUGGAGGUUGCAAGGGUAAAGGUAUUAAAGUGAUGUUUCGUCCCCUUGGACCUAACAUAGUGCAGCAGAUUCAGGCGCGUUGUUCCGAUUGCAACGGUACGGGAGAGAAGAUCAACGAGAAAAACGCCUGUCAGAACUGCCGAGGCCGGAAGACUAUUAAGCAAAAGCACACGAUCGACGUAUAUGUCGAUCGUGGCCAGGAUGCCAAACAACCGCUUAUCUUCUUCGGCGAAGGAGAUCAAAGCACAGAUGCUGCUCCUGGCGACAUUAUCGUUCGACUGGACCUCGAACAGCACGAGACGUUCACGCGACAAGGCUGCGAUCUUCACAUGGAGAAGACCGUCUCGCUUACUGAGGCACUAUGCGGUUUCCAAAUGAUAGUGCGACAACUGGAUGGUCGCAGCCUUCUAGUGACAAGCCCGCCAGGCAGCGUCGUCCAUCCAGGAACAGUGAAGUGCAUAAAGAAUGAAGGGAUGCCAAUUCAUCAAGGUCUCGGUAAUGGCAAUCUCUACAUCAAGUUCGAUGUCGCCUUUCCAGCGAAGCAUUUUGCACCGGAAGCCGAUUUGAAGAAAAUUGAACAGAUCCUUAACGACCGGCCACAGGCCGAAGAGUUGCCGGACGAGUAUGAAGAUGUUGCACUCGACGAUUACAUACCGAGUAACGCAAGCGGUGGACGUGGGCGCGAGGCCUAUGAGUGUGAUGAGGAUGAUGAUGAUGCACCGCGUGGAUCACAAUGUACACAGCAGUGAAUGACGAGCGAUCAGUAACAAACUAAAGUACACUGUACAAUGAAUAGGACGCGAGUAAAGAACUUAGAAAGCAGAGAUAUCAGGAGUAAGCAGCAGCAGCAACAUAAAGUAUGGAAUGUCAGAGGGUCAACCAUGAAACUGCGUACCAACACGAAGCGGUCUUAACAAAUAGUAAAAAUUAAAGGUAAUGAUAACAACGCAAAGAUGCUUGUCGUUUACCUUUAAUACUGACACUAAAAAGGCUUAAUCACUUCUGGGUGCAAGAACUAAGCGGAACCUUAUUGAAAAAGAAAGCGACAAGCCGUGUGGUUAUGUAAAAGUAUCGCACAAGGACUGAUUCCAUUAGGAAAACUAUGGGCGAAAGGCUGAAUUAAAUAAGACCACAAUUAGAUAAACGACUAUAAUUCUAGUGGAUGAUUAUUGUUGUCAUCAAAAAAAUAGGUGCACAAGAAAACACACACACAUAUACGUGCGUCGUUUUCAACUGCAUUUCAACAUUGCAAUAACGAGGUAAAAAUGGCAAGCGCGGGAAAAGGUAGCGGGGAACGAAGAAGUGAAGUUGGUUGAAUUUAUGUUAGAAAAGUAAGAAGGAGUUUGUUUAGGGAAAUCUAGUAAUACAAUAAUGUAACUAAUUCGUAAAGCCCGGGACUGUAAAUUGAAAUUAAUCUCUAAGCAUAUGCUAGCUCAUAUGCUAGCUUGACUGCGUGACUUGAAUUGUGUGACCCUUGACACUUUACCUACACCUUGUCGUGAGCACACGACGAUAAGUUGUUCGGCUAAAAGCAAUUUUAAUGGACAAAGAUGUAUGGUGAGUUGCCGUUAAAUCUUUGUUCUGUAGACGUAAGCAACUCUCCAUUGUGAGCUAUAUUUCUAAAAGCAAGAUAAUAAGGCACAGUUGAUCGUAUAAAAUCGCGUUGGAAAUGUGACCGGUAAAUGGUUCGUUAAGAAUCGUUUAUGCAAAACGGGGUAGACAGGGAGUUAAUUGGCAAGACUUAUCACACAGACACUCGAGGGACGGCAAGGAAAUAACACUAGAUAUACAUCGAGGCGCGCAUAAACCUAGGGCACCUGAAUUUGCAGGAUCCUUCUGACCAUUCAGGUGUACAAAGUCUAUUGAAAAAUAGCGAGUCAUUUGCGAAUGGCUUUGAAUAAAUACCCGCGGCGAUUCGAUACGGCGGCACAGCACCGUGUGUGAAUCUGUUGACGGUGCUAAAAAACAUGGUUCCUCUAAAACAAGAAUCCGACUCAAAAGGAAAAGAGCACUUUUUGUGGGUGAGUCGGACUGACAUUAGCGUGAAGAAAAAAAAACCUCUAAAACGUUCGUCAAAAAGUUUCAGCAAACGAAUGUUAGAGGCUGGUGGCUACGAUGAGCAAUGGGCGAAAGUUAAAAACAAAGCGACCCGGAGCGAUACAAAGUGAGGUGAAAACUGAUGAUGGUAACCAUUAUGAUCUGUGGAAAUACGAUAAUAAAACCUAAGCGGAGUGUGAUAGAGCCUUCGUAUUUAGUUAGCUUAAAACAAUUACAAUAUUAUAUGUGAAGUACCCGGUUGUUACAGUAAAUGGUAAUAUCAAUAAGUCAUUGACAUUAGAAUAUCCGAGCUGGUGAAGUUAAGAAGGCAGUGAGCGCGGAUUCCGCAUCGAGAAGACGCAAAGAUUAAGUAGAAUAAAUAAGCACGACGACAGGACAACAGCGACAUCGACAUAAAGUAAUGCGUCUUUUAUUAUAGAACGAUGGCAAAGAAAACAAAAUGGAUUAAGAUGAAUAAUAAAUUAUUAAUAAUAAAUAUACUUAAUACUACA